GGGGGGAAGAGAGGAGGAGGGAGGCGUUUGGCUCCUGGUCGACGGCGGGAGAGGUUGCUGACGAAACAGCCGACUGGCCCUUUAAAUCACCAAUAGCGCAUUCCGAGGUGAGUUGGGCCACAUUAAUCGCUCCUUUUUAUGAUCACGAUUUCGAUUGCCGGUAUUUUCCCCACGUUAUGCACGCGCAGCCUGACUCUAGUACCGAUUGCGCGGCCGGCCUUCCACCCCCUUCUCCCCCCGUUCCCCCCCUCUCCUCCAUCCCCUGUCCCUAGCAGCGGAGGCGGACUCAAUCUGUGUCACGAAGCCGGAUUUCCCAACCCAUCGCCGGCUCGGAGAGACCGCUGCCGCCGGUGUUGGACUCUGGAUGAUUGGAAGAUUUUUUUUUUUGUUUUUUUGGGUUUACCCAACCGGACUGCUCACACAACCAGCCCACACUUUACGAGUGGAGUAAUUAAACUGGAUUCUCCCGAGCCAAGAGGGUGACGAUCCGAGUGAGAAAGGACACAGUGAGACUGUUCUUGCAGGAGGACGUCAAUGUGAGCCCACCUGUCGUGUCCUUCAUCCAGCUCCCGCCUGACAUUAUUUGGCAGUUUUCUGCAGUUUUGGUGCAUUCUGAUGGAUAAGUAUGUCCACCACUAAUAAUAUCGCCCAGGCCAGGAAACUGGUGGAGCAGCUGAGGAUUGAAGCGGGCAUUGAGCGGAUUAAGGUGUCCAAAGCGGCCGCCGACCUGAUGAGCUACUGCGAGCAGCAUGCUCGUAGCGACCCGCUGCUGGUUGGCGUUCCCACCUCCGAAAACCCUUUUAAGGACAAGAAGCCCUGCAUCAUCCUAUAGCUGUGCUCCACACACACACAAACACACAUGCACACGUCUGAAAUAGUCUCUCUGGAAAAGCGCCAUAAUCUGCGGUCGGAGUCAAGAUGGAGGUAGGGGAGUGGUGGUGGGGGGUUGGGGGGGGGGUAAUCGGUAAUAAUGGUGUUCUUAUUUCUGAUCAGAGUGGUUGAGAUCCGUGUGAGCCAAGGUGCUUCGUUUUAAUUUUCACAUCAUGCUGGUCAACUAUCGACAAGUGUCAUUUUAACUUGAAAGGGAUGCUUUUAUUUUGGAGGUGGAGCCAAGGAUUGAGGCGCAGUGACGUGGGGACAGACGGAAGGUUUACCUUGAUGUACAUUGUUGACGUUUUGUCUUCAUUAAGAUGGACGUACGGUACAACGUAGACCAGCUGGCGUUUUCUUAUUUGUUUCCGUAACGCUGUCCUGUGUACAAAGUAGCCACAGAAUAGGGGUACAAAGCUGGGUGGGAUCAUUUUCCACCUUUUGGAGGUAGCAUCAGAAGCCCCUUUGGCAACGUGAAGUCGACCCAUCCAUUUUCCCCGUCUUUUGAACAGAAGCCCGAUUGGGAAUCGAUUGGAUUUGGCGAUGUGGUGCGGCAGUAAGUUUCGUCACGCUUCUUCAUCUGACACGACAAUGUCAAAGCUCUCCAAAACCCCAAACUACCCAAGAUCAUUAAAAAAGAAAAAACAAAUUACGAGCAGUGUCAAAUAGAUUGAAAAGCGAUUAAAUACAUUAAAUUUCUUGUUCAUCGCGUUUGAAACAUGCUAAAUCCCGCACAGUGUAUGGCCACCAUAUAUAUAAACGUGACAAAUUCCCGCCCGAAAACCCCCCCAACAAGUUCCCGCUUCUUGUUCGUCUUGAUUUUAAUGACACAAAUAAGAAUGCUGCUUCCUUUGCGUUGAUUGUGAAAAAAAUGAAAGUGAAGAGAAAGGGAAAAAAACCCUGUACAAACUUUCUUUCAUCUCUGUGACCAGUAGUCCCUCUCUCACCACUUUGUCAAAGUUUGGUUUUUCCAUAUCUUUUCCUUGUGUCGCUCACUGUGUGAAAGGUUGCGAAAGAACGGGGGUACGGAGUUGACCCUCCUUGUUUUUUUAAAUCUGUGGACGUAGUAUCAGAAGCCCCUCUCACACUACCCAUCAAGUGGACUUUUUCUCUGGUCGUUGUGCUGUGUGAAUGGGGAUGUGAAGUGGCCUCAUAUUUUUGAUUUGAACCAACUCGAUUCUGUCAAGUUAGUCAGCGUUGACUCUACUUAUUGGUCAUAUGGCCGCGGUGGCGGCCAUUUUACAUGCCAAGCAUUUGGCAGUCUGCGUCCUCGUCGUGCCCGUGUGUGUGAAAAACGUACAUUUCAUACUUUUCAUAUCGAAACAUCCCCGAAUCCGCCAUUCUUGUUAUUGGGGGGUGGGGGUGGGGUUAUUUUUAUUGCCUUGAUGAUUGCAAGGAACAUCUAUUUUUUUUGUGGGGGGGGUGUUCUCUGAUGUGCCAUACAUACACAAGUCAUGUUUUUUCUCUCACACUGUUAAUAUUUUGUGGAUAUUUGUUGUCGAAGAAAAAAAAUAUAUUGACAGGUAGAUAACAAUAAAAAGAUAU